UUUUGUUAUCAUAUUCUAUAUGAAUGCCCAGAGAAGUUUCCUUUAAUUUUAUUUCAUUUUUAUCGUUAUUAUCAUUAUUAUAAUCAUUAUGAUUAUCAUUAUUAUCAUUACCAUUAUUAUUAUCAUUAUUGUUAUCAUUGUUAUUAUUAUUGUUGUGGUAUUGUUGUCAUUGUUGUUGUUGUUAAUGUCGUCGUCGUCGUCGUCGUCGUCGUCGUCGUCGUCGUCGUCGUCGUCGUCGUCGUCGUCGUCGUCGUCGUCGUCGUCGUCGUCGUCGUCGUCGUCGUCGUCGUCGUCGUCGUCGUCGUCGUCGUCGUCGUCGUCGUCGUUAUCAUCAUCAUCAUCAUCAUUAUCAUCAUUAUCAUUAGUAUUACAUUUAUUAACUCUUGCCUAAAUUUUAUCAUUAUCAUUGUUAUCCUUGUUGACAUGACUAUCAUAAUUAUAUGGUAUCUUUAUCCUAAAAAUAAUGAUAUUAUUAAAGAAAGCUAAUAAACAAAUUAAUCUUUUAAAUAAAUAAUAGUAUUUUAAAUAAAUAACAGAAAUUAAUAUUUACUUUUUUUAAAAUAAUGAUAUUUCUUUAAAAAUCUAUUUAAUAUUUAAUAUUUGAAAUAUAAUAUUAUAUUAAAGAAACUCUAAAAAGCUCUAAAAAACGAAACUGCCAAAUCUAUUUCACUAUUAUAAUAAGCAUAUGCUUAUUGCAUUUUAUUUUUUUUUUUACAACUCUAUAAAAAAUUAAUAAAAAUUUUCAUUUCCUUUAAAAUAUAUUGAUAUUGUUUAAAUAAUUAAAAUAUAAUAUAUUAUGAAUAUUUAAUAUAUAAUAAUUAAUAAAUUAAAUUACUUUAUUUGUAUAUUUUUAUACAAAAUUUGAUGGUCCGAUUUAAAUGAUAUGUAUUUAAAUGUAUUAUCAGUGAAAAGGCAUAUAUUUGAAAAUUUAUAUAUAUAUUAUAUUUAUAAAUUUAUAUAAAUUGAUAUACUUAAUUUGUAUUCUUUCAAUAAUUUUAAAUAUUGAGUUUGAGAUAUUUAAAAAAAAAUAAUUUAAAAGAAACAAUUAUAUUUUACGAUAUAUUAUUUUCUAUUAUUUCAAAUUUAUUAUUAUUAUUCAUUGAAAUUAAUUAAUAAUUCAAUAAUACUAAUUUAAUGAUAAUAGUAUAAGUAUAUUUCUAUUUUUUAUUAUGUGAUAUAUAACAUUAUGUUAUUAAUUAAUAAGAUUAAUAUUAUUAAAUUAGAAUGAUUUAUAACAUCAGCAUACAGAUAAUAUUAUUUUAAUUACUUCUCUUACUGCUAAUAUUAUUAUAAUGUAUUAUUAAUUAUGAUAAUAUUCUCUUAUUAAUAUUGCUUCAGUUAAUCAUAUUAUAUCAUUAUUAAUUUAAUUUUAUAUCAAUAUUUUAUUUGUUACAUUACGUACGUUUCCUUUAUUUAUCAUUUUUCAUAAUAUUUCAUAUUUAUAUUAUUUUUUAUAUUUAUAUUAAUAUUAUUUGAAAAAACCACUAAUCAUCAUCAUUGUUAUAAUCGUUUUCAUUAAAUCCAUUAUCAUCUUAAUUAUGAAUUUGAUAUAUCACUAUUUUCUUGAUUAAUAACGUGCGAUUUCAUAAUCACAAUCAUCAUUAUAAUUUUUAUUAAUAUUUAUUUUUAACAUUAUUAAUAAUCAUUAAUAAUGAAAUAUAUAUUAUCAUUUUAUAUGAUCAAAUAAUAUUUUUACAAGUAAAUAUUUAGCAGUAGACAACACAAGAAUAACGAAGAAAAUCAAGGACGUAUAAGUAAGUAAAAUGAUUAUACAGAAAUCGUUUAUAUGCAAAUAUCUGGAAAUAUUUCAAAAAUUUACAUAUAAUUUAUUUAAUUUGCCUAUUGUCAUUUAUUUAUUUUUUUUUUUUUUGUCAUUUCUUGCAAUGUAGUUUUUUUUUUUUUUUGGAUUUUAUAUGAAUAAAUGCAGGUGCAAGGGUCUGUCAGUUACAAUAUAAUCAAAUAAUAAUAAUAAACGAAUAAUAUAUAUCAUAUUCAAUAAUAGAAAAAAAUAUGUAUUUUAAUAUAUAUUUAUAAUUAUUUAUAAUUAAAUAGAAUUUGUGGAAGUGCUAUAGUUUUAGAAAGAAAUAUUAGAAAAGAUGAAUAAACAUUUGUUCAUAUAUAAAAUGUACAAUAUUAUAUAAUACAAAUAUUACAACAAUAUAUGUUAAAAUAUGAUUAUAAUAAUAAUUUUUGUUACUUUGAAUAUUUGCAUGUAUAUUUUUAUACAGUCUAUUUGAAACUAAAUUAUUAAACAAAAUUAUGUAUAUUAUUAAAUAUUAUAUUUGCAUGUUAUAAAAAAUUGAUGAAAUACUUCCAAUAAAUCACUUUAUGUAAAUUAAAAAAAUAUAAUAUAAUAAUAUAACAUGAUGGACUCUCGUUACCUAUUUUUAAAUUUAUAGAGUAUUUAUAAUUUUUCAUUCAUUUAUAUGAAAAAUUAAUUUGAAAAUUUAAUUAUAUAAAUAAUUAAUAUAUAAUAAUUUAUAUAAAUAAUUAAAAAAUGAAAAUAAAACGAAUAUUAUAAACCAUUAUUUUUUAAUACUUAGCAAUGUUUAAGAUAAUUAAUUUAAAUUUUUUUAUAUUUUUAAAAUUGAAAAAUUUUUAUAUUAAUAUAAUUUAUCCUAAUAAUUUUCAAAUAAAAAUGUUUUAUUUAAUAUUUUUUAAUAUUAAAUAAUAAUAAAUAAUAUAAUAAAUUUAAUAAAAGUAUAUAUUUUUAAAAUGCAAGAGAAAACCGAUGAAAUAUAUUUUCUUAUAAUCAUCAUAUAUGAGACAUCUAUCGUAUCAUAAAGACCAAAAAUAGUUGAUUAUAAUUCGUCACUGUGAAGGAUUUUAAAGUUAAAAAUUAAAACGAUCAUAAGGAAAUUUUUUAGAGUUUUUUAUAAUAAAAAAAAUAAAUGUUUACUAUUUAAUUAUUACUUUUAAUCAUUGUUUAGUGCAUAUAAAUUCCUUUUCUCAAGAAAUCAACAAAAUUAAUGGGGAAUGAAAAAAGUGCCCUUAAUGGGCUUAAAAUUGAUGAACAACCUGUGGAAAUAACAGAUUUUUGGAUACAUUAUAUGGCUUAUAUGAAUGGUUAUAAUAUACAAAAUAUUUCAGUAUUUAUUAGUGAACCAUCUUUGCAUUAUAAUGCAAAUUUUGGAAAUCCAUCGCCUUUAGAAAAAGCUGCAAAGAAUUUAAUGUUAUAUAGACAUCCUUGUAUAUUGAAGUAUGUUUCUUCAUGGUCGAAAGGUAGUAAAUUUUUUCUAGCUACUGAACAAGUUAAACCUUUAAUUCAAUCAAUAGAAAAUCAAAGUACUUUGCAAAUAUGCAUGGGCCUAUAUAGUAUUUUACGUGCAUUGGUUUUCCUUCAUGAAAAAGCAUAUAUAUCUCACAAUAAUCUUUGUGAAAGUUCCAUUUAUGUUACACUAGAAGGAUGUUGGAAACUUGGUGGAUUAGAAUGUUUAUGUAAAUUUAAAGAUUUAACUUCCUUUUAUUUACAAAGAAUAAGAAAGUAUAGAUAUGAAAAAGCAAUAUCUUCUAAUGAAGAUACAAUUUUCAUUUCAAAAAAUUUUAGAACAAUUGAUGUAUAUGCAUUUGGAGUUUUAGCAGAAGAUAUACUGAAAUUAAAGGAUCCAGCUGAUGUACCUAGUCUUUUAGAAUUUAAACAAUUUUGCAAAGAAAAUCUGCAAAAUCCAGAUCCUUCUUUACGAACUGAAUUAUCUCAUGUACUUCAACAUCCAUUUUUCACCCAUGAUUUUAUGAAAAUAUAUGCAUUUUUAGAUGAAUUACCUUUAAAAAAUAGCCAAGAAAAAGAAAUAUUUUUUAGAACCUUAAUAAAAAAAUUGAAGAUAUUUCCUGAAAAUAUUAUUGCAGAACAAUUAGGUCGUUUAUUACUUUCAAGAAUGGUUUUAUUAGACAUAACAGCUCAAGAACAGCUUUUGCCAUUUAUUUUAAAACCAAAAGAUGGAAAUGACAAGACAGGUAGUAACUUAUUUUCGAUUUCUACAUUUAAAGUCUAUUUGGUACCCAAAUUGUUGCAGAUGUUUUGUAUACGAGAUGUAUCAAUACGUUUAGUGCUUUUAUCACAUUUUAAUUCAUUUGUUCACACAUUUCAAGAUGAUGAAUUAAAAUCUCAAAUACUUCCUGAAUUACUUGUUGGAAUUAAAGAUACAAAUGAUCAUCUUGUCUCUGCAACAUUAAAAGCAUUAGCCGAUAUAGUUCCCAUCCUAGGUGCUGCAACUGUAAUUGGCGGAAAAAGAGGAAAGUUAUUUACAGAUGGAAGACCAAAUAAAUUAAAAGAUAACAAAGAAAUUGAUAAUAGCAUAAAUAUUACUCAAUUUACUAUUCCUAUGAGUAUUCAAAAAAUUGAUUUACCUGAAAGGCCAUCUCCAGAUGGUGGUGAAGAUAAAAAAGAUAUUACAUCUUCAAUUAUUGAAGAAGAAUAUACAUGGUCUGAUUGGGAUGUACAAGAAACAGGAGACAUUCUUAAAAUUUUACAGCCUUCCAAGAAAAUAUCUCAAUCCCAAUCAAAAUCUAAUGACAUUUCAAUUCCUAAUUCAACAUUGAAAAUUACUACAGAUGUGGUAUUAAAUAAAAAUAAAAAUAAAACUACUGAAUUAAAAUUAACAAAAAAAUCGUCUAUUUUAUCUGAUAUUUCAGAACUUGAUAUUAAAAAUUCAAAAUUAAUUGACUCUAUUAAAGAAGAAUAUAAUUAUUUCACAGAUAUGGAGCCUGUGAUAAAAAAAACACAAAUUUUGCAUGUACAACAACCACAAAUAAUAAAAAGUGUAUUUGAUGUGACAAUAUUAAACGAAUUAGGAACAGUUGAAGAAAAUAAUGGGUGGGAAGAAGAUUUAAGCGAUUGGGAGACUGAAGAUUCUCAAGAAGUAAAAAAUUAAAAAUAUAUAUAUAUAUAUAUUAUUUUUUUAUUAUAUUUCUUAUAUUUUUAAAGUAAUUUAGCCAAAAUUACUUAUUUAUUUUCUUAAAAUUUAUUUUUAAAAAGAUUUAUUUUCUAAAUACAUUAAUAUUGUUUAUUAUUACAAUGUUAGUAAAUUAAUGCAUAUUGUAAUUUUCUUAAAAAUAUAUAAUUUUUAAUUUAUGUAAUAUAAAUUUCAUAAUAAAUAAAUGAAAUAGUUUAAAUUAA